ACCAAGUUUAAUUUCUAUUAUUAAGAGAGGAAAACAAAAAUACAAACAUACAGAACAAACAAAAUGAACAUCAGCCUGAAACGAUUGGCACCAAACCGGUUUACAUGGCGGCUCUCAACUUUGACGGUGGCCGUGUUGGUGAUCGUAUCCAUGGCGGAACCAGUGACAUCACAAUCUGGUGGUAGCAGAAAUAGCACUCUGAUGAGAUAUUAUUGUAGUUUAUAUCGAGGUAGGAGCGAAAAUUAUUUCUUGAGUAAUCUCAAUACCACUCUUUCUAGCCUACGUAGACAGUUGUCAGUCAACAGUGUGCGUUAUGCUGUCGCACGAAGUUUGCUAAACGGUGAGUCCGUGUGGGGCCUUGCUACGUGUCGAGAUUAUGUCUCUAGUGCGGAUUGUGUUGCUUGUUAUGACUAUGCUGUUGCUCAGCUAAAAGUAUGUGGGACUGUCAAUGGAGCUCAUGCUUUCUACAACGAUUGCGAUGUCAGGUACGAGAAUAACAACUUUUACGCUGAUGCUAAUAUAAGAGCUGGUGUAGUGAUAUGUGGCAAUACAUCAUCACCUCAGGCAUCAGACUUCCGAAAAACAACAGAAAGGCUGUUAUCAGAUCUUCGAACCGCAGCACCAAAAACAUCAAAUUAUUAUGCAGCUUCAACUAGGCAACUAUCUAACAGUAAUGUUACCGUGUAUGCCAUUGCCCAAUGCAAUCUAAACUUAACGCAGAGCGUUUGUAAAGAUUGUUUAAACUCCAGAUAUAAUUCUUUGGAUGAUUGUCUUCCUGGCACAACCGGGAGGGCUAUUGACAAUGGAUGUUUUAUGAGGUAUUCCAGUACUCCUUUCUUCGGACAAAACCAGACCACUGAUAUUACAAAUCUUCUUGAGGAUGAUGAUUCAAGCAAGAAGAGAUCCAUAAUUGGUGGGGUUGUAGGAGGUGUAUGCUUUCUGUUGCUGGUUCUGGCAUUUUUCUUAUGGCGCCUCCGAUCAAAAAACACAAGUCCUCGCCGAAGAGGUACAUCAACUGGAUCAACUGAAUUGCUGCAAGGUCCAGCAAGAUACAGGUAUGACGAUUUGAAAAUAGCCACAAAUAAUUUCAGUGAUGAGUACAAACUUGGAGGUGGACUGUUUGGUGAAGUAUACAAGGGCACAUUCAAGGAUGGAAAUACAAUUGCAAUUAAGAAAACAGUGAUGGCCACUACCAAAGGAAAGAUACACAUUGAUGAUGAGCUUAAAAUCAUAUGUAACGUUCAUCAUCGUCAUCUUAUACGACUACUUGGAUAUUGUAGCAAAGGACCACUUUUGUUUCUUGUCCACGAGUACAUGGAAAAUGGUAGCCUUGACCAAUUCUUGUAUGGUGACAAGUCGAAGAAUCUUAAUUGGAAACAGAGGUUUGAUAUAAUCUUCGGGACAGCAAGGGGUCUUGCAUAUCUGCAUGAACAAUACCAUGUUACCAUCAUUCAUAGAGAUAUAAAAACCAGUAAUAUUCUACUUGACAAUGAAUUCCAGCCAAAAAUUGCAGAUUUUGGGCUGAUAAGGCUACUACCAGAAGACAAGACUCAUCUCAGCACCAAAUUGGCAGCAUCCUUGGAUAGUGCGUAUGUAGCACCAGAGUAUGCCAUUCAUGGGCAGCUAUCUGAGAAAGUAGAUACCUAUAGUUUUGGCAUUGUCGUCCUUGAAAUCAUUACUGGAAGGAGGUGUCAUGAUGCCAAAGAUGGUAAAGUAGAUAACCAAAGUCUUCUUGAUCAUGCAUGGAAUCUAUACGAGUGUGGGGAACAUUUAAAUUUAAUGGAUGAAAGACUAGAUCCUAGCGAAUAUGCAGAAGAAGAUGCAAAAAAGAUCAUAGAGAUAGCACUGAUGUGCACUCAGUCACCGGUCUCUGCAAGGCCAGCUAUGUCUGAAGUUGUUGCACUUUUAAGUGACAAAUCACUAGACGAAAUGCCACCAGUUAGGUCUACGUUCCAUGAAGAUGACGUAAAGAUUCAGGUUGAUAUGUUAAGAUCAGUGUCCUCCAAUGCCACUGCCUCCUCUGUUAAACUUUCUGGCCGUUAAAUCUUUACAUUACCAGUAGUGUUCAUGCCUCUGUUUCGCCCUUAAAAUCCCGUCCCUGUUUUUCUAAACUUAAAACUGUUGAAGCAUAUCUGUAGCUUUUGCGCCCAAGCUCUAUAUUAUAUGAAUUUUGCGUUGUGGAUUAUAUGUACAUAUUAUACAUCUCAGGAAUGCUAUAUUUAUGUUUAUAAAUUAGUGAUACCUAA